AUGCUCUGCUUUUCUGUGUCGCUGCUUCGGACUGCUGCUUUUGUGUUCUCCUGCUUCUAUCUCCUCACCACGGCGAUUUCUGGGGAAAUGCUGCUUUGCCUGAAAUUAGUUUUCAUCAGCAUUUACCCAAUGCAAUGGGAAGGAGUGUUGAUGAAUUCUUUCCUGUUUAAUGUAGGACUGAUCCUACUCUGCUCCAUCAGUGUGAUUCAGUUAAGCACGACAGCUUUUGCGCACUACGCACAAGCAACUGCAGCUCAGGAGAUCUUUGGCCACACGCUGCAGUCUCUUUGCGGAAUUAAGUAUCUUUACAAGUACAAUGUUUUUCAGUAUGGAUUUUUUGCUCUUCCCAUCCUCACACUCUUCUACUAUGCACUUUUUUGGUGUCGAAAGAGGAAACCGACAGGAAGGUUCCAGCUCUCAAACUAA